AGGCUGAGAUAUAUAAGUAAGACCCGUACCAUUCACAUCUUUAGAACUAUCCACCAUGUCAAACCAUUCCGAUACAGUCAAAGCCAAAGCCUCCGGUCACGGCAAGUCAGAGCUUGCCGGGGAGAAUGAGGCCAGAUUUUCUAUCCAGCCCCAUCCUGCUAAAACCAACGAUCCCUCUGAUCUUAACCAGCCAGCAGGAGGAGGACUGAGAUCCGACCCAGUGGUGGGAGCGCACCACGCCAGAGAUCCCCACAUUCCGAAACAGGAUGUUUUGAACAGCUUGGAGCAACCCCUGAGUCGUGAAGAACUCAGGAAGAGGCAGGCCGAGUUGAACAAAUAAGCAAACGGGGGGCGGGGACUUCAAUCGGAUGGACAGUAUCUGUAGUGUCGUUGUGUCGAAUUCGAAGUUUGUAUAGGAUAUGGGUUUCAGAAUGACGAAAACUGCAAUUGCCGC